UUGAAAGAUCUCAACUCAGCUGAGAAUUGUCAAAAUGAAAGAAAAUAUCUUCAGCGUGCCUGGUAUGAAUUGAAUAUGUGAAAAAGAGUACAGUUUUAGAUUUCAAAAUGUGUAGCAAAAUUCCAAGCAGAGCAUGGGUUGCUAUGAUGCUUUUUUGGGGAACUUUUGUUAAUUAUAUGUUCAGAUCACAUUAUCAGAUAAGUCUUCUGGCUAUGGUAGAACCAAGAAACAAUGAGACCGUUGGUGAUUUUGGACCUCGAUUUGAUUGGUCAUAUGAAUGGGAACAACAUUCCAUCAGCGCCCUGUUUUAUGGUCUAACGAUCAUUUCAAUACCUGCAGGAUUAUUUGUAACAUUCUUUGGACCUUACAACGUUUUGGUGUAUACUUCCAUGCUAAUGGCAUCAUUCUCAGGAGCAAUAGUUCCCAUGGCAUUGUACGUAGGUCCAGGUGGAGUUUUUGCGAUGAGGUUUUUGAUUGGAAUCAUGGUGGGUCUUCAGUACCCAGCUAUGCAGAAUCUGGUAAGCAAUUGGGCAACACCUCAGGAAAAGGGCAAGUUUGUCGCUUGCAUGAUGGGUAACACAUUCGGGUCAGUCAUCACUAUGCCUGCAGCCAGUUUGGUGAUAGAGGAGUUGGGAUGGAAAUGGUCUUUUUACUUCUUGUUCCCUACGGUGUUGGUAUUCAUCAUCGCCAUGUUUCUUCUGGUUGCCGAUCAUCCGCGUAACUACAGGUGGAUAAGGCAGGAGGAGUUGGAGUACAUUGAAGCUUCCCAUGGAACAACCGUGAGCACGGAGAAGAAAAAGAAAAAUCCGCCUUAUUUGAAGAUAUUCCUCUCAUGCCCCUUCUACGCUUUAGUGGCAGGCCAGUUCGGUAACCAAUAUAUCCUCUUCCUGACGUUGACCAUUGUGCCGCAGUACCUCAAGAGGGUUCUGGGAUUCAACCUGAAGGCUUCAGCAGGAAUUGCUGCCCUUCCACAUCUCUCAAGGCUUAUUUUUGGAUUUUUUUUCGGCGGCAUAAACGAUUUUCUGAUAGGGAAGGGAGUGCCUAAGAGCUAUUGUCGAAAGGGAUUCACUCUAUUCUCUCACAUACUCACUGGCGCUUCGCUCUGUUUGUUUCUCGCGAUUGGCAGCAGUUCAGUGGCGGCGAUAUGCUUGCUGGUGCUGAUGAUGGCUUUCAAUGGAGCAGCCGUGGUCACCGUGUUGGUGAAUACCCAAGAUCUAGCUCCAAAUUGGUCGGGAACAUUGUACGGAAUCAUGAACUUCUUUGGUGGAUGGGGUGGCUUCGUACAACCAAUUCUUGUGGAGAAAUUAACCAGAGAGAACACCAUAGGUCAAUGGGCUAUAGUUUUCACGAUUGGGGGUGCUGUUGGCAUUGUUACUGGAAUCAUCUUCAUAUUAUUUGGAUCUACAGAACUUCAAAGUUGGAAUCAAAUUGAGGAAGAAGGUCAAAGUGCAAAGUAGGAAUUAAAUCGAGGUCUACUAAGUGACACGAUACAAAAUAGUCUAAGCUAUUUUUUUACCUUAACAUUAUAUGUACAAGACUAAUGUAAUGUGUCAUUUUUUUCAUUUACCUUAUUCAUCAAGUCAUAUAGAUAUCGGUGAAUAAAACACUGUGAAUUUUA